CACAGAUUCGCAUAUCCUGUUCGAAGAUUGGCGCCUGACAAGGUGGUUGUCGACUCUUAGGUGUUUUUUUGGGUUGUGCACAUAAACACAAGUCCUCAUCAUGUCCAGUAGGAAGACAGCGGGCAAGAAGCCCACAAAGAAGAGGGCACAGAGAGCUACCUCUAAUGUGUUUGCUAUGUUUGAUCAAGCUCAAAUUCAGGAAUUCAAAGAAGCAUUCAACAUGAUUGACCAAAACAGAGACGGCUUUAUUGACAAAGAAGAUCUUCAUGAUAUGUUAGCGUCCUUAGGUAAAGACCCCACAGAGAAGUACCUGGAGGAGAUGAUGAAGGCCGCUCCAGGCCCCAUCAACUUUACUAUGUUUCUCACCAUGUUCGGGGACAAACUCAAUGGUACAGACCCUGAGGAUGUCAUCAGGAACGCCUUCGCUUGUUUUGAUGAAGAUGGAACAGGUUUCAUCCCUGAAGACAGGCUGCGAGAUCUGCUGACACAGAUGGGAGACAGGUUUACAGAAGAUGAGGUUGAUGAAAUAUUCCGGGAUGCACCCAUCAAGAAGGGCGAGUUUAACUACGUAGAAUUCACCCGGAUCUUGAAGCAUGGCACGAAGGACCAGGACUAAUCUGCGCAUUUUACGGCAGCCGCCUCACCUGUGUACAGAUGGCACACAUGUGAAUGUACCUGUAGCUAACACUAGGGACCAAAUCUUAAAUCGCCAUGCUGCAGGUUGUUUAUUAUAUUUUGUAUAUGUAAUUUACGCAUAUGGUAUUGUUAAUAUUUUGAUACAGUUUGUUAAGGUUCUAAGGAAUCUUUUUGGGUAUGACGAGUUAUGCUUGAACAUUAUUUAAAUUUUCAUGGAAGGGAUAAAAGGAAGCUUGAGAAAAACUUUUGUUUCAAAAUUCCAUCAGACAACAGACCAGUUGCCAGCUGUUGUUUUGGCACAUGUACAUCACAAUAUGCAAAGUCUCAUGAAGCCUUUUGUUAUAUGUACAGACUUUACAUCUGUUUUAUUACAAUUUGCAUAUUCUUCAUAUUUUUAACUAGGGAAGAAAAAUAUAUAAAAAAAAGUUUGUGUUCUCUUCAGUGUUAUUCAACAGAUUGGUGAUUUCUGUGGGUUAUUCAGCUUAAAGCUUGCCAUGAUCUCUCUUGUGGGAACCAGAACUGCAGAUCUGGUGAUAUGGAUUUGUCAAAUGUCAUUUUUGUGGGUAGAAGACUCUUUUUUUUUUUUUUUUGCUGCAUCAACUAGAACUGAUCCACAUUUGAUAAUUCCACACUCCGAGAUGAAUAUCUUUUGUACCUUUGCAUGGUUCGUUUGCUGUACAGUUAACAUUGGCCUGUGUAAUUGCACAUCAGUUUAUAGUUGAAUCAUGUCACAUCAAAUUCUCACUCAGAUUGGACUAUACCCGCACAAACAGUGUGUUGUGCAUCACUGCUGUAUGUUAUGGAAUUGUGUCAUUUGUACGGCCGUUUCUACUGCCACUUUUUACUACAUGUAGUUUGUUUUGUAUUCUAUUCGUUUAUUGUUAAUAACUGAGCCAGUAUGCAAUAUGUCUUACGUGAUGAACCACCUCAAAAUAGGUGAAGGUAAAGCAUUAUUUAGAUUUGAGUAAAUGUAAGACGGUAUAAUCCCUCUACAAGUAGAUUAUCCAGGGUCUAAAAUAACAGCAUUCCUGAGAAGAGUCUGGCAAAUGUGACAGGUGUGUUUUAUUUGCAAUCCAAGCCUUUCAUUAUAAACUUGUUGCUUUUUAUGCCUUUUUUGUCUGUUCUGUGCUUAGCUAACUGUUUCUUUAUUCAUAAUAUUGUCCAUGGUUCAUGUAGUAAAGUGUGCUCUGAUAAAUUCACUGUUGAAAUGAACGCAUUUGUUGGACAUUAUCAGUGUUCAUGGUUGCUUUUCAUGCUUUCCUGUCUGUCAGAGAUCCAUGAAGUAAGAACAUGUAACAGGUUUUGGACCACUUUCAUAACAUGAUCAAGAAAAAAGGUGAAAACCAAAAAAAAACAAACAAAAAAAAAGAAUUCUUUCCGUUUAACUAGCAGUUGGUAUUAUUGACACUUAUUCUUGGAUUGAAAUUUGAUAGACUGGUUCCUAAAUCUGAUCCUGGUAUCAUAAUGGUUUGAGAAUUACAUGUACUUGUCAUAGAUGUAAAACAGCUGUACGUCUGUCUCCUUAAGCUCUCCUCUGAACUAACACUUCAAAAUAAAACCUAUGUACAUCAAUA